AGCGGUUGCCAACGAGAAAAGCGCUCACCCUAUGCCCAUGCCGGCGCAGAAGUUAGGGAGGAGGCGCGGUGUGAUGACGUAGCUCUGAGCCGCUACCCUGUGCUGCCAUGGCGGCUCUCUCGGAGGCAGCGUGAGCUUGAAGAACCGGAGGUCCAGGUUGCAUCUAGAAAAUUUUAUCCCUAUGAAGUUUAUAGGUAGAAGAUUGCUUUCUGCUCCUGGAGAAAUUUCAUUUAAGAAACAAUGGCAAAUUACAAGCCUGUAAUAGUUCAGACAUUUCCAAAGCUUGGAGAAAAAAUUACAAAGGAUACUUUGUAUUGGAAGAAUUAUAAGACUCCCAUUCAGAUAAAGGAAUUUGGUGCAGUGAAUAAUAUACACUUUUCUCCAGUUCCUCCAUAUAAUUAUGCUGUGACAGCCUCAUCAAGGAUUCACAUAUAUGGACGAUAUUCACAAGAGCCAAUCAAAACAUUUUCCCGCUUCAAAGAUGUCGCUUAUUGUGCUACCUAUCGAGAGGAUGGCCAGCUGCUUGUUGCUGGCAGUGAAGAGGGCAGAGUUCGGAUCUUUGACAUUGGUGGGAGAGCACCAUUAAGGCAAUUUGAAGGCCACUCCAAAGCAGUACACGUUGUAGGAUUUCUGUCUGAUAAGUACCGAAUAAUGUCUGGAGCAGAUGAUUACACAACACGGGUCUGGGAUGUUUCAACCUCGUCUGAAAUAGCAUGCUACAAAGAGCACACAGAUUAUGUAAGAUGUGGCUGUACUAGUAAACUGAAUGCAGAUCUUUUUGUAACAGGUUCCUAUGACCAUACAGUGAAAGUAUAUGAUACACGGACAGACAAAAGUAUUAUGAGGAUAGAACAUGGGCAGCCAGUUGAGAGUGUUAAUCUGUUUCCUUCUGAAGGUCUUCUUGUGACAGCAGGUGGUCGCUACAUUAAAAUCUGGGAUAUCCUUAAAGGAGGCCAGCUAUUAGUGUCCUUGAGAAAUCACCAUAAAACUGUAACCUGUUUGUGUUUGAGUAGUUCUGGUCAAAGGCUGCUUUCAGGCUCCCUAGAUCGGCAUGUGAAGAUUUACAGUACAACUUCCUACAAAGUAGUGCACAGUUUUAACUAUGAAGCAUCAAUUCUCAGUCUUGCAUUAGCACCUGAGGAUGAAGCUUUGGUUGUAGGUAUGACAAAUGGCAUAUUGAAUGUUAAACAUCGGAAGCAUGAAGGAGUAAAAGAGGUUUUGCAUCGGAGAAGGCCUGCAUACCGAACCUUUGUGAGAGGAAAAAAUUAUCUGCCAAAGCAGGAUGAUUUAUUUGUCAGCAAGCCUGUGAAGAACUAUUUGAAGAAAUAUGACAAGUUCCUGCGAACUUUCCAGGUUUCCAAGGCUCUGGAUGUAGUACUUCAAGGCCCUGAGAAAAAGAAUCCACCUGAAGUUACAGUUGCUGUCAUGCAAGAAUUAAACCGCAGAGGAACCCUGAAAAAUGCACUUGCUGGCCGGGAUGAAAAGCAGCUCAAUGUCCUCCUUUCUUUCUUAAUAAGAAAUGUGACUGAUGCAAGAUAUGCUCCUGUACUGAUAAAUGUUGCAGAACUCAUUAUAGAUAUAUAUAUGCCUGUGAUUGGACAAUCCCCAGUUAUUGAUAAGCAGUUUCUGAAACUUCAAAAUCUUGUAGAGAAAGAGAUUGAUUAUCAAGAGGAAUUGCUAGAAGUUUUGGGAAUGAUGGAUGCACUGUUUGCUACCAUGACAAGAAAACAAUCCAGUUCCAUGGAUGUGAACAAAACAGUUGAGCUAUAAAAAAAAACACUGGAACUGUGCUGAGAAAUUUCACCAGUGGAAUCUACAUUUAAGCUCUUAUUUGCACCCAAAAGUAAACAUUACUUUUGACUGGAGAGUGACACAUCUUCUGAAAUAUUUUAAGGCAGCCAGGGUGGAUUUUUAAAUUCAAAUGCUAUUUUAUUUUAACCCUUUUAUUUAUGCAAAUUCAUCAGGCUUUCUGUUUUAGAUUAUCCAAAUAUUUUUCUAAUCAUUAAAAUUGUCAGCUGCUAAAGUAGAAAUGAAUGCCAGAACUUGAGGAAAACUGUUAUCAUAUCUUACUUGCAAACUCUCUCAUGGGACCAUUUGUAUUUAAUCAGGUCUGCUUUCAUUUGGAAAAACCAAGCCUUUGGAGAUGUUUCUGUGCCAACUUUCAACAAAAUUAUUUCUAUAAAAAUAUUCUGUAUAUGUAUCGUAUCUAAGGAUGCUUAUGCUGACUCUUUUAAAAUUUUAAAUUCUAAGAAUUUAUCAUAAACAUGUACUUUCUGUUGAUACCUCAGUAGAUGAAAAUAAAUGAUAACAGUUGGCUAAACAA